CCCAUGCCAGGACUUGUGUCUGCGGCAGCACCUAGCAGCCUUCACUGACUGAAGGAAGUGUGUUGGGGGUUGAGUGGAGCAGACCAGUGCAGCAGUUCAGGAACAGAGUAGGGCUUCCAUUUUAACAAGGCCAACAGAAGCCAACAGCCAGUAGUAGGAGUCAGCUGCAACAGCCUGGGAGGGAGCAGCAGUGGGGGCGGCAAAGCCGGACAAAGUGAGCUCACAGAAGUGCCUCUGAUCACCCUGCAACCGCAUUCCAGCACAGGAGAAUGAGCCAGUCAGCCUCCUCUAAGCCUGUGUGACGGGACCUAAACUAAACCUCAUCUUCUCUUCUCUUCUUUGCCUGGACAUUAUCACCCUCCUCUUUUUCAGCAGUGACUGACUGACAAGGGAUUUCAAAGGAAGAGGGAGAAUAAAAGUUCCUAUUUUCAGUUUUGAAACGGAAGAAGACCCAGAUGUGAGAAUGGAUGAGGGAUACGAACUUGACCUGACCUACGUGACUGAGCGCAUCAUUGCUGUGUCCUUCCCUCGGACAUGCUCAGAAGAGAUCUACCUCCACAACCUGAAGGAUGUCACACGGAUGCUCAAGUCCAAGCACGCAGAUAACUACCUGAUUAUCAACCUGUCGGAGAAGAGACAUGAUCUCUCUAAAAUGAACCCUAAGACUCUGGACACGGGCUGGCCUGACCUGCAUGCCCCUCCUCUGGAUAAGAUCUGUACAAUUUGUAAGGCCAUGGAAGGCUGGCUCAACGCUGACCCUCUGCACGUGGUGGUCAUACACUGCAGGGGUGGGAAAAGCAGAAUUGGAGUGGUCAUCUCAUCGUUUGUGAUUUUCACUGACAUAUCUGCCAGUGCUGAUCAGGCCUUGGACCGCUUUGCAAUGAGGAAGUACUAUGACGACAAGGUCUCAGCAUUGAUGACACCUUCUCAGAAAAGGUAUGUUUGGAUCCUGAACAGUCUCCUGGGUGGGUCGAUGAAAAUGAAUGCUUCUCCACUGUUCCUGCAUUGCAUCAUUCUUCAUGGGAUACCCAACUUCAACCCUGCAGGAGUGUGUCGCCCAUAUCUGAAAGUGUACCAGGGAAUGCAAGCUGUCUACUCCUCCGGGGUCUAUCACAUUGGGCCUGGACACAGAGACAGGAUAUGCAUCAGUCUGGAACCUGCUCAGCUGCUAAAGGGAGACAUAAUGGUGAAAUGUUACCAUAAGAGUGAUGUCACUUCGGAGCGUGAGGUGAUCUUCCGGCUCCAGUUCCACACGGGAGCAGUGCAGGGCUACAACCUGAUGUUCGAGAAGGAGGACAUGGAGACUGCCAAUAAAGAACCUAGAUUUCCUGAUUACGGGAAAGUAGAGCUGGUGUUCUCCGAGGGCCCGGAGAAGAUCCCAGGUGCAGAGCGCUGGCAGAACGGGGCAGACGUCAGUGUGGACUACAACACAGCCGACCCUCUGACACGGUGGGACUCCUACCAGAACAUCAAUGACGGGGAAGUGCCCCGCUCUCAGGGCCUGGCCCAGGACAAAGCAGCCCUGUCCAAGAGGAGCGCUAAUGGGGGAGGAUCCACCAACAUGACCCUGGGCCGUGGAGCCCACCGAGCCACAUCUAUCACCAGCAGCCCCGACCACAGCGACCACGCCCUGUCAGCCAGCAGCGACUCAGGCCUGUCCAGCACCUCCCUGUGGACCGACCGACCCCCAGUUCCCAUCGCCACCAGCACCAGGUCCCAGCAGGGUCCCAGCCGCCAGGAAAAGGCUCAGCUGAAGCGCUUGCUGAGUGGGUUCGGCCUGGAGGAACCCUCCCGAGAGCUUGAGGAGAUGUCUGAGUGCGGAGGUGGAGGGCCAGGAGGGGUGGCCUUCCAGAGACUGGUCCAAGUCCAGGUGCAUGUCGUCGGAGACCCACGGCCCCCCAGGGAGAGGGAAACGGACAUCCUGGAUGACCUGGUCCUCCUGUCGGGUCACGACCUGCACAGUGUGGACAGCCUGGGAACCCUGUCAUCGUCCUGCCACAAGAGCAGCCAGAAUUCCCUGCUGUCGGAUGGCUUUGGCAGCCCCGGGGGAGAGGAGCUCCAGCACCAGCCUCACCACCAGCCCCAGCACCACCACCCAGCCCCUGCAGCCAUGGAGGAGUAUGAGAGGGCCUACGCUGAGGCCCGGAGGGGCUGUCUGGGCCAAAGGAGUGCUCCCAUCUCUGCAUCCACCCCAGCCAGCACUGUUCCCAUGCCCAAGCAGCAGGUCUACCUGCAGGGCAGCUACUCCACACACACCUGGGUGCGCCAGCAGCAGAUGGUAGCAGCCCAUCAAUAUGCCUACCUGCAGGCCGAGGAGGGUGAGGAAAGGGAGAGGUACCCAGGGGACAACAAGCAGCAGGAGGGAAGCCCACCCAAACCACCAGCCUCUACAGUGCCACAACAAAGCUCCGUGCUGAGGCUGGACACUGCUGUCCAGAGAACGGUGAUGGCCCUGCCACAAACUCACACUGAGCAGUCUCCUGCGGUCGUCAACAAGAACAAGCGAGACGAGGAGUUCAACUCUUUGACCGUGGACAUUGAUAACUCCAUCGACCAGCUCAACCAGUUGAUUAUGGACCUGGACCCCACGUUCAUGCCGGUCCCCACACGCUCCAGCUCGGUCAAGAGGAACGGAGGUACAGGGAUGCACGUGAAUGGCUCUGCCACCAUCACCACCACCACCGCCACCUCAACAGGCUGCCCCAAUGGAGUCAGUCACAGACUCAUGGAUAACAGUACAGCCCCACUGCAAAGCACACAGCAGUCAGCCGUCCCAUCAUCCAUUGGUGAUGUCAGAGUGGACGCCAUGCAGAGUCUGAGUCGGCAGGUCAGUGAUGUCACAGAUCACCCAGGGUUCUCUGGCUCAGGUUGGGGUGUGCAGGAAGACUACAGGAGCACACGGACCUACUCACCCUGCGUACCUCACACACAGCAUGGCAUGCUAUUUAGGAGUGACAGUGUGGACUACAGAGCUCAAGGUCCAGAGAUGGACAGCGGAGUGGAGGCUGGUAGUGACAUGACUCCUCCUACUCCUGCCUUCCCCAUCUCUCCCCCUACACCUUAUGUGAAAAACAUGCCGGAAUUCCCUCACCUGAGGCAAUCUCCAUCUCCCAGCAUGCAAUCCUUUGGAGCUUACAGGAUGGAGCAGGAGCCUCACGGUUACUUAGAGAUGAUUGGUCACCUUCCCCAGUCCACAGAUGAGGGCCUACCAGACUCCUCCUCCAGCAGCCAUAGGUCCUUCGGCUCCUCUCGCUCUGCCUUCACAAGUGGGACGCUCCAACGGACAGACAGCCCCUCCAUGGGUCAGCCCUGGCCAGAGGACAGAGCCCUCCUGAGCCGCCACGCCUCCCUCAGCAACUGCCCCACCCCCAGGCACCCCCCUCCCCACUCCAUGUCCCUGGACUACGGACACCACUCCCCUCCCAUGCACCCCCACCCGGCCCCCAACGCCCACAGCUCCCCCCGGGGAAGCCAACGGAGCCACAGGGCCCGCUAUGCCCUCACCCACAGCCCCGCACACAGCUUUGAUGAGCAGGACGACUCAGGCCUGGGGAGCUACGGCACCGCCGACUGCCCAGUCUCUGCCUCUCCUCUACUGGGGAACGGAGGCAUGGAGAGGGGCAUGUUGAUGUCUGGUUCCAUGGACCAGCAGGGCACCACCCGGACCCAGCAGCACCAGCAGCUCCAGGCCCAGGGGGCCUUGCCUCCGCUGCUGCCCGAGAAGAGGAGGGCGUCAGACGGGGAGCACUCCCUGGGCACGGCCUCCCCAGCCCCCAGUGGGUUCUCCAGCCCACACAGUGGGAGCUCCCUCAGUAUCCCCUUCCCCAAUGUCCUGCCUGACCUCUCAGCCUCUACACAGAUGCCGGGCACUGCCUCACCUCUGCCAGAUGUCCUGGCCAUCAAGCAGGUGACUGUAAAAUUUGUGCAAGACACAUCGAAAUUCUGGUACAAGUCUGAUAUCUCCAGGGACCAAGCUAUCUCAGUCCUGAAGGACAAAGAGCCUGGGUGUUUCAUUGUACGUGACAGCCACUCCUUCAGAGGUGCCUAUGGGCUGGCCAUGAAGGUGGCCACACCCCCUCCCUCAGUCCUGCAGCAGACCAAGAGAGGAGGAGAUCUGUCCAAUGAGCUGGUCCGUCACUUCCUGAUUGAGUGUACACAGAAAGGAGUUCGGUUGAAGGGCUGUCCCAAUGAGCCCUACUUUGGAAGUUUAACAGCGUUGGUGUGCCAGCACUCAAUCACUCCACUGGCCCUACCCUGCAAACUCAUCAUACCUGACAGAGAUCCUCUUGAAGACAUGGUGGAGAAUACUACGACACAAUCUAUUACCAACUCUGCUGCUGAGCUGCUCAAACAAGGAGCAGCAUGUAACGUGUGGUUCCUGGGCUCGGUGGAGAUGGAGUCUCUGACGGGGUACCAGGCUGUGCAGAAGGCCACCAGUGUAACGCUGGGCUCAGACCCUCUGGGUUCAGACCCUCUGCCUACCUCCACCGUGGUCCACUUCAAAGUCUCCUCACAGGGUAUCACCCUCACUGACAACCAGAGGAAGUUAUUCUUCAGAAGGCAUUAUGCAGUGAACACUGUCAUCUUCUGUGCAUUGGACCCUCAAGAUCGGAAGUGGAAAAAAGAUGGCUGCACUUCAGCAAAGAUCUUUGGCUUUGUGGCGAGGAAGACGGGCAGUGGGCAGGACAAUGUGUGCCACCUGUUUGCCGAGCACGACCCCGAGCAGCCCGCCAGCGCCAUUGUCAACUUUGUCUCCAAGGUGAUGAUUGGCUCCCAGAAGACCAAGUAGACCUGCCACGCUGCUAGCUGAUUGGCUAAUGGGGCUGUUUCUAAAACUGGAAACUGUAUUGUACAACCCACAACCUGAGGGUUAUGACCCAGGACUUAAUACGUUGGACUGGAAGCCAGCGGAAAAGAGUUCCACCCACAGAACUAGAAUGAGUUUCCACCACCUAAGAAUGGGAUACAACGAACAAUGGAUAACUGGACAUGGGAUAGAUUUAUCUUGAUAACGAGCAUGCAAAGACUUGUAAGUUACAGCUCCACCUCCUAUCCAAGUAAACUCCGAGUCACAGCACAGAGGGAGCUGUGGACCAUCAGCAGGACAGGAGACUCAAUAAAAUAUUUAUUGAGUCGAAUGAAAACUCAAAACUUCCUUUGACUUCAUUUUCUAAUAGACUCUCGUUAUGAUGAGCAUUAGGGGUGUGUAUGCAGGGAAACAUAGAAUACAACAGGUAUAUUAUAACGUGUAUUUCAGUUAUUGUUAUAGAACUAAUACAGGUGUUUGCAUUUCUCUCUUGAAGGGGUUUACAGUUUUAUGUAUCCCAGCUCUUUACAAGUUAGUUACAUAUUCCUAUUCUCAACAUGCUCUGUAUGGUCUGAUACUAUACUAAAGUUAGUUACAUAUUCCUAUUCUCAACAUGCUCUGUAUGGUGUGAUACUAUACUAAAGUUAGUUACAUAUUCCUAUUCUCAACAUGCUCUGUAUGGUGUGAUACUAUACUAAAGUUAGUUACAUAUUCCUAUUCUCAACAUGCUCUGUAUGGUGUGAUACUAUACUAAAGUUAGUUACAUAUUCCUAUUCUCAACAUGCUCUGUAUGGUGUGAUACUAUACUAAAGUUAGUUACAUAUUCCUAUUCUCAACAUGCUCUGUAUGGUGUGAUACUAUACUAAAGUUAGUUACAUAUUCCUAUUCUCAACAUGCUCUGUAUGGUGUGAUACUAUACUAAAGUUAGUUACAUAUUCCUAUUCUCAACAUGCUCUGUAUGGUGUGAUACUAUACUCAAGGGGACCCUAGAAGCCUGGCAUGUAAGGGUUUGUCAUGUCUAAUAUUUAACCAAAAUGAAAGAAACAAUAGAAAUUAAGCAUUACUCAAGCUAUUAAAAAGGGUCAUGAAAAAUACUUAAUGAAUUUUUGUAAAUGCACCAAAUACUAUUUUAAAAGUAAUCUAUUGACCUUCAAACAUCCCUACACUCAUGUUUUACCAUCCCAAUCAUUUCCCUUGAACUUUGAUGUUGCUCUGGAAAUGUAUGUGAGUUUAACCACUAUCAAAACUAAAAUACACACAAAUGCUAUGAUCUGGAUGGGGAGUGUUAGGAUGAAUUAAACCACAGACCAAUAUUUUAUAUGUAAACCCUAAUAUAUUAUAUGAUUAGUUUAUCUAAUUAGUUCAUUACUUGUACUUCAAACUCCUUUAUUACUUAAUUCAGUAAAACUUUGUCUGGAAGAAUGUUUAAACAUUGCUACUUCACUGUUUGUUUUUCCUCUGGCUAGUCUCAAAUAACUGUUUUCAAUUGUAUUUUUGGGGGUAUAUUAUCUAACUAUAUAUUGGAAUGUCUCAUUGUUAAUAUAUUAUAUAUAUAUAAAUAUAUAUAUAUAUAUAUAUAUAUAUAUAUAUACAUACAUUAGAGGAAAAUUGUAUUAUAUAUUUAAUUUGGAAGCCAUAUUUUUUUUGUGUGUUGGAACAAUAGAUGAUUAUUGAGCUAAAUGGAAAAGUGCAAAUGUUUAACAUCAAUCAAGCGCAACUUUUAAAAUACAUUUUUGUCUAAAUUGACUUUCCUGAUCACUUAUUUCUUUAUGUCAAAUAAUCUGGACAGGGACCAUCUAAUCCAAUACGGCUUCGUUGAAAUAUUAUACAGUCAUUGUUUAUGUACAUUUUCAUUGUAUUGUUUCAUAUUUUUAUCAUGAUGUGCUAGUUAUACACUUUAUAUACAAAAGUAUGUGGACACCCCUUCAAAUUAGUGGAUUCGGAUAUUUCAGCCACACCCAUUGCUGACAGGUGUAUAAAAUCGAGCACACAGUCAUGCAAUCUCCAUAGACAAACAUUGGCGGUAGAAUGGCCUUACUGAAGAGCUCAGUGACAUUCAACGUGACACCGUCAUAGGAUGCCACCUUUCCAAAAAGUUAGUUCCUCAAAUUUCUGCCCUGCUAGAGCUGCCCAAGUCAACUGUAAGUGCUGUUAUAGUGAAGUGGAAACUUCUAGGAGCAACAAAAGCUCAAACGUGAAGUGGUAGGCCACACAAGCUCACAGAACAGGUGCUGAGGCACAUAGUGCGUAAAAAUCAUUUGUCCUCAGUUGCAACACUCACUACCGUGUUCCAAACUGCCUCUGGAAGCAAUGUCAGCACAAGAUCUGUUCGUCAGCACAAGAACUGAGCUUCAUGAAAUGGGUUUCCAUAGCAGAGAACUCGCACACAAGCCUAAGAUCACCAUGCGCAAUGCCAAGCGUCGGCAGGAGUGCAGUAAAGCUUGCCGCCAUUGGACUCUGGAGCAGUGGAAAUGCGUUAUCUGGAGUGAUGAAUCACGCUUCACCAUCUGGCAGUCUGACGGACAAAUCUGGGUUUGGCAGAUGCCAGGAGAAUUCUACCUGUCCCAAUGUAUAGUGCCAACUGUACAGUUUGGCGGAGGAGGAAUAAUGGUCUGUUUUUUUAUUUUAUUUUAUUUUUUCCCAGUGAAGGGAAAUCUUAACGCUACAGCAUACAAUGACAUUGUAGACGAUUCUGUGCUUCCACCUUUGUGGCAACAAUUUGGGGAAGGCCCUUUCCUGUUUCAGCAUGACAAUGCCCCCGUGCACAAAGCGAGGUCCAUAAAGAAAUAGUUUGUCGAGAUUGCUGUGGAAGAACUGCGAGCCAGACCUAAUCGCCCAACACCAGUGCCCGACCUCACUAAUGCUCUUGUGACUGAAUGGAAGCAAGUCUCCGCAGCAAUGUUCCAAUUUCUAGUGGAAAGACUUCCCGGAAGAGUGGAGGCUGUUGUAGCAGUAAAGGAGGGACCAACUCUAUUUUAAUGCCCAUGAUUUUGGAAUGAGGCGUUCGACGAGCAGGCGUCCACAUACUUUUGGUCAUGUAGUGUAUCAUCUACAGUCUGUACCUCAUAAUACCUUUACUAUCUCACAUUUGGAAUAAUAAUUAAGUGUCGUAUUGAUCCUGCAGCAAGUGACAUGAACAGUUAAUUUGUAUAUUAGAAAUUACAUUUUCAAUGUUAGAUGUAAAUAAACAAAAGAGAAAAGUAA